CUGUGCUCCUUUACGCUCGUUGUUACAAGGCCGGGAGCUAGGGGUGCUUGUCCCAUUAACGGGGCAGCGAAAGGCCCUCUGAGUGGUCAGUGACCGCCGUUGACAGAGCGUCUGCCCGCUCCCCAGUUCAUGACUGAAUGCCUCAGCGCGGGUUGACUCCUGAAUAACCUUCUGAGGUACCGCGAGCUCACCCUUAAAUGACCCCACACCCUGAAGAAAGAUCGGGGGGAUUCCAGGGGGUCUCGAGACACGGAUCUGCAGUUUUCCAAAUAGGUUGGAACAUGGCAUCGUUGCGAAGCAAAAGUUUCGUCAUGUUCGUGGCUGAUAUCGAUGACUGUUGUCAUUGGAAGAAGCUUUCGCCACCCCCUUGCUGGGCCCCCGCGUAGACCUGCCUUGCUAAGUUCAGUCUGGCUGGGGAGUGGAAUUUGCAGCCUGGGAUGCUGUUGCCUGUGACAGCGCAGCUUUUAUAACUAUAGAAAAACGACGCAGCGCUGACACAUUAUGGACAGUAGGCAUAAUGAUCCUUAUUUACACCUCAACUCCCCAGGGUCAAUGAGCACAACCCACUCACAUGGCCCCCCAAUGAGCGGUAUGGUGGGACACCCCUCUGUCAUCAGCACCUCUAGGCCCCUUCCAUCCCCAAUGAGAACUCUGGGCUCCCCAAUGAAUGGCCUAGCCUCACCCUACUCCGUCAUCACAUCCUCCAUGGGCUCGCCGUCCGUCCAGCUGCCCUCCACGCCUGCACUCAACUUUGGAUCGCUCCAUAGUCCACAGAUGAGAGAGAUGAACAGUAUGAACAGUGUCAGUAGUUCCGAGGACAUCAAGCCUCCUCCAGGUCUCCAGAAUCUUGGAAGCAUCAACUACAACUGCACCAGCCCCGGGGGAAUGUCCAAACACAUCUGUGCCAUCUGCGGAGACCGGUCCUCAGGGAAGCACUAUGGCGUGUACAGUUGCGAAGGCUGCAAAGGGUUUUUCAAAAGAACCAUCCGGAAAGACCUCACCUAUACAUGUCGAGACAGCAAGGAGUGCCUGAUUGACAAACGACAGCGAAACCGCUGUCAGUACUGCCGCUACCAGAAGUGCCUGGCCAUGGGCAUGAAGAGAGAAGGUGUGUCGGUGCAGGAGGAGAGGCAGCGGGGGAAGGAGCGGGGGGAGAACGAGGUGGAGUCCACCAGUAGUUUUAAUGAGGAGAUGCCUGUCGAUAAGAUUCUGGAUGCAGAGCUCGCUGUGGAGCCCAAAACGGAGACAUAUGCAGACGAAGGCCCCGGCAAUUCAAAGAAUGACCCGGUUACCAACAUCUGCCAGGCAGCAGACAAACAGCUGUUCACCCUGGUGGAGUGGGCCAAGAGGAUCCCUCACUUUUCAGAGCUGCCUUUAGAUGAUCAGGUUAUUCUACUACGGGCAGGCUGGAAUGAGCUCCUCAUUGCGUCCUUCUCACACCGCUCAGUCACAGUAAAAGAUGGAAUCCUAUUAGCCACAGGCCUCCACGUCCACAGAAGCAGCGCCCACAGUGCCGGAGUAGGCUCCAUCUUUGACAGAGUUUUGACAGAGUUGGUGUCUAAAAUGAAAGACAUGAAGAUGGACAAGACAGAGCUUGGCUGCCUUCGAGCUAUCGUCCUAUUCAACCCAGAUGCAAAGGGUCUGUCAAAUCCACCAGAGGUGGAAGGUCUUCGGGAGAAAGUCUAUGCCUCGCUGGAGUCCUACACCAAAGCCAAGUACCCAGACCAGCCCGGCAGGUUUGCCAAACUGUUGCUACGUCUCCCCGCCCUGCGCUCCAUAGGCCUUAAGUGUCUGGAGCACCUGUUCUUCUUCAAACUGAUAGGAGACACGCCCAUAGACACCUUCCUCAUGGAGAUGCUUGAAGCACCUCAUCAAAUCACAUGACAAAAGCCCCCCUUCUCUAUGUAUAUAAUCCCACAUUGUAAUUGAUAUGAAGAUGAAACUUGAUUCAAGUUGUAAAACAGACCUAUUUUGUACCAAGCACAAAUUAUUAUUAUUAUUGUCCAAAAAAAUAUUUUUGGGAGUGUAGGUAGGAUCUGUUUUAGGGGGAGGGGUAUGGUGUAAAAAAUACACUGUUAAAAUAAAUUCUAAUAGAAUUGUUGACAGAUUUUUGUUUUUGUAAAUAGAUAAUUUCAGGUAUCUGUUUUAAAAGCAACCAAUGCAAUAUUAAAGUCAUAUUUUAUUCAAAGCUUAAUUGUAUAAAACUAAAAACACCCCUACAUUUCUAAAAUACAUUUUCGAAUACUUCCAGAAUAAAAUUAUUUAAAAUGCAUAUUUUGGGAAUCAGUUUUGAUUGCAAUAUUUUUCAUGCAUUUGCACAAUGAUUAAACAGACAUGCCAGUACUGUAGGCUACCAUGUACAUGUACUUUUAGAUCAAUCUUCUGUAGUUUUUCCUAGGUAAUAGUCUACCUGCAGUAGGUAAAACCUGUCAGAUACUCUACCAUUCAUGUACUGCAAAGGAAUGUCUUGUUUCUUUGGUGAGCCACUAGAUGUCAUGAGUAGACCUACAUUGGUUAUGAUAAGCCUGCACAGCCUGAUUGAGAAAGCAGCUUUUGUUUAUCUAAUGGUUAAAUCUUUGAUAAAUCAUCAUGAAAUAAUUACCUAAACAACAACAUUCAUAUGAAAAACAAAUGGAUAAUUUCUCUUUUUUUAAUGUCUAGGCAUUGGUGGCAUAAUUGUGCUCAUCCUUUAUAAAUGGGAUUGAUGUUAGAUGUGACAUUUUUAACAUGUCAAAUUCCAAUAAUGUACAAUGGUAAUUUGUCGCCAUCUGACAUCACUUGUAAUUUUGAUUAGCCUUAGAAAAAUGCAAUUUUCUGUGACUGAAAAUUGUCUUUGUACAUGAUUUGAAGGUUUCUUGGUUGUCUACUGUAGAGAUAGCCUUGGUCCACAACCAUUGCGCAUUUUCUCCACAAGUCUGAGCUGUGAGGUAGAGGAAGCUAUUCCUCACAACAACAAAAAAAGCCUAUGUACACAGCUCAUCACCCAAAGUACAUGUUGUGAAUCAUGGUGGCAGUAUCAAUCUAUGGGGCUAGUUCUUUUCACCUGGGAGGGGCUCUGGUCAGGAUAGAGGUUGGCCAAUGAUAAAAGAAACCUUUUUAAAAUUUGUUGUGCGGAGCUUGCUUGUAUUAACCAGCAAGCUCAAAUUCUCAUUCUAAACCUUCAAAGUAAUGUUUGACACCAGUGUCAUAUUUUGGAUCAUAGCCCACAGGUGGUUUAUUAAAUUCUUCAAAUGUUUU